CAUCAUUUUAGUCUUGUCCUCACCAUCGAAAUGUCGCCAGCGCCGGAGCAGGUACCUCUCCUGCCGGAGAAGAGUCAGGCCACGAAAACUGCUUCGGUAUUCGGUGCCGUGUUUAAUGUGUCGACGAGUAUAAUCGGCGCCGGAAUCAUGUCGAUUCCGUUCACUCUUAAGGUCCUCGGCAUAAUCCCAGCCGUUGUCCUGAUCGUGCUUGUGGCUUUCAUGACCGACUUAUCGGUGGAGCUUUUGCUGAGAUUCACUCACUCCGGCCAGUCGAUGACUUACGCCGGCGUGAUGAAAGAGUCAUUCGGCCCGAUUGGUUCAGUUGCUACGCAGGUUUGUGUGAUGAUUACUAAUCUUGGAGGCUUGAUCAUGUACCUGAUUAUAAUAGGGGACGUGUUCUCGGGGAAUAAAGGAGGAGAGGAAGUGCAUUUAGGAGUACUGCAACAAUGGUUUGGAAUUCAAUGGUGGAAUUCGCGAGAGUUUUCAAUUCUCUUCACAGUCGUCUUCCUUCUGCUUCCUCUGGUUCUUUUUCAACGCGUUGAUUCUUUGAGAUUCAGUUCGUUUGUAUCAGUUGUUCUGGCCGUCGUUUUCGUUGCGAUAAGCUCUGUCUUGGCGAUAAUGGCGAUCGUUCAAGGCACAACGAAGAGCACCAGAUUGGUACCGGAGCUGGACGAUCAAACCUCCUUCUUCGAACUGUUCACCGCCGUACCCGUUCUUGUCACAGCCUUCACGUUUCAUUUUAAUGUUCAUCCAAUACGUUUCGAGCUUCGAAACUCAAAAGACAUGAUGCUAGCAGUUCGAGUGGCCCUUCUUUUAUGUGCUAUCAUCUACGUCGCCAUAGGCAUUUUUGGGUACUUGCUGUUUGGGGACUCAUUAAUGUCGGAUAUUUUAACCAAUUUUGAUCGAACUUCAGGUUCAUCGAUAGGGGCUUUGUUGAAUGAUACUGUGAGAUUAAGCUAUGCAUUUCAUCUAAUGUUGGUUUACCCUUUGCUCAACUUCUCUUUGAGGUUCAACAUAAAUGAAUUGCUGUUUCCAAACAAGCCUCCUUUGGCCUCAGAUACCACAAGGUUCUUGGCCAUAACAAUGGCACUGCUGGCCUUCACCUACUUGGCUGCAAUUGCUUUCCCAAAUAUAUGGUCUAUUUUUCAGUUCAUGGGCUCUACUUCAACUGCAUGCCUCGCCUUCAUCUUCCCCGGUGCGAUCGCCCUCAGGGAUGUGAAUGGAAUAUCAACAAAGAAGGAUAAGGUGGUUGCUGCAGUAAUGGUAACUUUAGCAGCAGUGUCGAGUAUUAUUGCUAUUGCUAUAAAUAUAAACACGACAUUCGAAAAUAAGUAAUAUUAAUAUUUAAAAACAUAAAUAAUAUUAAUCUUAUAAUAUGUCGAAAUAAUAUUAGUUUUAUAAUACGUGUAUAAGUAUUUUCUCUCUUCUGGAUUCAAUUUUGUAUGUGUGAAAAAUGUAUUAUUAAAUUGUUUGUGUUGAAGUAGAAUAUGAUGGUAUUUUUGUUUUA